AUGCAUCAUAGCGGGGGCAUCAUAGGUACAUCGAUAGCAUACUACCUGUCUCGCCAUCCAAACGUUCGUGCAUCAAUAGGAAAUACUGCAAUUCAUCUUAUCGAAGCAUCAUCGAUCGCGGCUGGAGCGUCAGGAAAAGGCGGUGGCUUUAUUGCUAAGGAUUGGCACGCUGAGCCAACUGCUUCGUUGGGCGAACUCUCUUUUCGACUACACGAGGAGCUUGCCGAUGAACAUAAUGGGCAAGAGAAAUGGGGUUACCGAAAGCUUACUACCUUGGGUAUAGACAGAAUCAUUGGGAAAGAGCAGGAGGAUGGUGGGAGCAGGAGAGUCGCAGUGAAUGGACUUGAGGUUGAGUGGCUUAAGGAUGCCGAUAGCCUCGUCCUUGGUGGAGAGCAUAGUACCGCCCAAGUUCACCCUCUCCUAAUGUCUGAGUCUUUGAUCGAAUUAGCGAUGGAGACGGGACGAGUCAAAGUGACCAUGGGGGAAGUGAACGGUAUCGAAUCUAUCAGCCUGGGUUCAAACAUCGUCAAUGUCCGCUUACAAAGUGGAGAGGUAACUGAACUAGGAGCGACGGAUGUCGUCUUUGCCGCAGGACCUUGGACAGGCAAACUGGCGAAGAAAUUACUUGGAAGAAAGGCUGAUGCUGCUGGUGACAUUGUAUCUAGCAAUCUGUCAACAUCAAUAGUUCUCUCACCACCAUCAUCUCAUAGAUUUUCUCCACAUGCGCUAUUUUGCACGCUUGUGCUUCCAAACGGCCAAAUUGCACAGCCAGAAUUCUACCCUCGCCCCGACAAUACGCUCUACGUAUGUGGUGCGGGGCUCACAGACAAGACUCCACUUCCUCUCAGCUGCGCAGACGUCAAGUAUAACAGCGAAGGCGAAGAGCGACUGAAAGAACGUGUUCGACAAGUGGUCAAGGAUGAGUGGAUCGAGGGUGCAUUUGACCGCUCAGAUUUUAUCGUUCAGGCCUGCUACAGGCCUGACUCGAGUAAGACCGGUGCCCCGAUCAUCGGUAAGGUUAGCGAAGGGCGAGUGCAUGUUUGUAACCUUUUUUCUUGGCCUGCUCUUAUCUGGGUUGGCAGAAUCUGGAUAGCAAGUGGGCACCAAGUUUGGGGUAUUUGCUUAGCUCCGGGGACUGGGAAGGUGAUGGUGCGUUUCCAGCUCCAAUUCAUCAGGCCAACGGCCAAUAUCAACCAAAGGCAGAGCUGAUGAUCGACGGGGAAGCCAUCUCUUCCGACAUAGAAUUGCUGAGGCCUUACUGAACAAGUGCUCCACGAGGUUGGAAUAGUACCUCGUUAUUAAACGGUUGGAAUUCAAGUACAGUCCUCCC